CACUGUAUUUAAUUGAAACACACCCACACAUACAUAUAAAGUACUGAACCAAGUAAUUUUUUUUUUUAGGUUUGAUCGCUAACAAACGCGUCCUUUAGUGAAGUUGUUUCAGUCAAGUUAGCUGAAAUGACGCAGUUUUGCUAGUAGUUGCACACUAACUAGGCAUGCUUUGGCUUUUGUCGUCAAGUAUUUUAAAUGUCUGUGCAGUAUGUUCGCAUCAGUUUUAGUUGAUUUAGUGGUCUCGGAUGGUAAAAUCCGUAUCCCUUUCCUCAAGGAAGUUACAGAGCUCAUUUAUCUAAUUGACAUGAUUGUAUAAGAAGAAUGACUGUCACCGUGUUGUACUGGUGUCAGAUUUUUAGUGCCUGCAGAAUGACUUGAUGAGCACUUUCACAGCUGGAAGAGUCUGACCACAGUGAUCACUGGAAACCAGCAAAUUCUGUUUUCCUCAGAGUGCCUGAAACCUUUAAUGUUUAACAGUUUUCACCUCCUCAGUUAAACACAAAGGUCACCAUGGUGCUAAACCCAGUCAUUUCCAAACUUGCUGGUAAACUGGUGGUGCUGGCCAGUGCCUCUCCUCGAAGACAGGAGAUACUUCGAAACGCGGGUUUGCGUUUUGAGGUGGUACCAUCAUGGUUUAAAGAAACCCUCAAUAAGGAACUUUUCAAACAACCUUAUGAGUAUGCUGUGGAGACAGCCAAGCAGAAAGCCCUGGAGGUGGCCCGGAGAAUGCCCUUUAAGCACCUGAAAACACCGGACAUAGUAAUCGGAGCAGACACAAUUGUGACAGUGGAUGGGAUGAUUCUGGAGAAGCCAGUAGACAAACCUGAUGCAUACAGGAUGCUAUCAAGCCUGAGUGGUAAAGAGCACAGCGUCUUUACUGGUGUUGCUAUUAUCCUCUGUCAUGAGAAGGAAGAUGAAGAAGUGGAUUACCAGCUGAUACACUUCUAUGAAGAAACAAAGGUGAAGUUUGCUGAUCUCUCAGAAGAUAUGCUAUGGGAGUACAUCAAUAGUGGUGAACCCAUGGACAAGGCUGGUGGCUAUGGUAUUCAAGCUCUUGGUGGCAUGCUGGUGGAGUAUGUCCAUGGAGACUUCCUAAACGUUGUGGGGUUCCCCCUCAACCACUUCUGCAAACAGCUUGAUGUUAUUUACAACCACCGUUUUUUGGUUACUCAGAAACCACCUAACUCACGUAAAGACAAAUCCAGUCUCACACGCAGCAACCCCUCGGACAGUCCAGCUCAUAAGGUGAAAAGGAAAGAUGGUCAAAGUGAAGCGAGUGAGAAAUCCUGGACAUUGGUCAACAGUUUGUCUAACUGCAGUGAUGAACAGAGCAAACUUCAUGACUCUGAAAAUAAAUCAACACUGAUAAUAAGCAAAGAAAAUGGARUUAAGCUCAAUGUGACUGCAGAUGAAGACAGUGAACCGACAAAAGAGGACUUGCAGCRGCUUUAUGACCUUUUGGAUGGAUUCAAAGCAUCAAAGGCACUCUUUACAGCCUCCAAGCUGUGUGUGUUCGACUUGCUACACAGUAGGCCGGGACUAGAUGCAGAGCAGGUGGCCCAGGAGAUCGACUCGUCUKUGAAGGGGACUGAGUGCCUGCUGGAAGCCUGUGUGUCUCUGGGACUGUUGAAGACUAAGGAGAAAACGUGUGCAAAGCCUGCAUACGAGAACACAGAUCUGGCUACACAUUUCUUGCGAUCAGAUGCUUAUUUUUCCCUGCACGGAUACAUCCAGCACUGCAACGACACACUGUGGCCUCUUUACUCGCAUCUCCAAAGUGCUGUCAAAGAGGGAACUAGUCAGCGUGAUAAGGUCAAGAAAGCUGAAGAUAAUACCUUCUGUAACAGCCAAGAAGCCAAACUGAAAUUCAUGAAGGCCAUGCAUAGCUCUGCUAAAGUCACAGCUAAAGCCAUAGCAAGAUCUUUUGACCUAAGCAGCUAUAAAACAGCCUGUGACCUCGGAGGAUGCACCGGUGUGAUGGCCUAUGAGUUUAUCAAAGCCCAUCCUGAACUGUCUGUGACGGUGUUUGAUCUGCCUGUUGUUGUGGAGAUGAGUGAACAUUUCCAUCCACAGCACACAGACAACAGGGUUUCAUUUMAAGCUGGAGACUUCUUCAAAGACGAGUUGCCCAAAGCGGACUUGUAUAUCCUUGUGAGAGUUCUUCACGACUUGACUGAGGAAAAGCUGCACGUUCUGUUGAGUAAAAUUGCAGCUGCAUGUACUCCAGGCUGCGGCCUCCUGCUGGGCGAGAUCUUUCUGGAGGAAGACAGAAGCGGUCCGAGUUGCGGCCUGCUGCAGGCGCUCAGCAUGAGCGAGGGGAAACAGCGAAGUGCAGCAGAGUACAGUCAGCUUUUGAAGAACCACGGUUUCAUCACAGCAUAUGUCAAACACACAAACAGCCUCCUGGAUGCCAUGCUUUGCAUAAAAGGAUAAAUAACUACACCCUUACCUACGCACAACUGAAGGUCUCGUCUUAUAGGUAAACUUUACCAAUACGAAACACUAAAUUCAAGAUUUUUUUAAGUUAGUUUAUUUUAUUUUAGGUUUAAAUGUUUUUGUCAAAUAGGACAAAAUCAGAAAGUAUUAUUGUUUCUUUUUUUUUGCAUUUGAACAAAGUGAGAACUUUUUGAGGACAUUUAGACCCUACUUUGUUUUGUAACCUCUGGUUAUGAUGACAGACAGAGGUGUUUUUCUUUCAUGAAUACACUACAUCCUGAUCCUGCUCACUAUAAAGGUUUUUAUCCAGUGGUCUUUAUUCAGUUUUAUUUUCCGCAUCACGUUAAGAACAUACAUUUUACAAAAUCUGUUCCAUAAUUACCAACGUCUACUAGCUUCUUCAAAAAGCCUUGUUUCACAUGUAAAGUGCAAAUUCUUAUUUCACUCAGUAAAUAAAAGAAGACAUUCUGUUAUGUAUUUUUGCAUCUUAUGGACCAACACAAAUGUUAUGUGCAAUCCACUACUAUGAACCUUGUUUACCAGUUA